AUGGCGUAUUCGACUCAUGCGGCAGUCCAGGCACAUCAAGCUGUGGUGGAAGGAUUCGGUGAGGCCCUGGAUCCCUCCAACUCAGUACUGUUAUUUGAUGGCGGCCAAGCUCUAGUGAAAGAGCAAACUCAUACAGAACGGGACCGAUCACGCUCGGUAUCAUUGAAAAAAGCGAAGGAUUAUAUACGAACAUUCCAAGGCCGGUGCGACCAAGACUAUAGUAUUCAGAAAAAGUAUCAUUUGGAUACCAAGAGACAUCCUAACCGAGGGUUCGAGUGGAGAAACCGACAGAAGGGAGCAGUGGCAGCUAAUCUUGAGGCCAAAGGCCGGAGCGUUGAUAUUUGUUCCUUGGAAGCGGAUCUUGAGAUGGCAGGGGAGUAUAUGAAAGGCGAUGUGUGCCUUACUAGGGACCGCGGUGCUUUGGAGUACGAAGGUAUCCAAACGAUCUGGUGGAUGAUCCCGAGACCGAGUGUUCAUCGAGCUCAAGCAAACACCAGCUCCUCUUACGGGCUAUCACUCGGCCCAGCAGUCCAUUUUGAUUAUGUAUUACUCAGCUCCUGGUACCAAGGACUGUGCAGGCAACAGCAUAGAACGACACAGUUGCGGCAGGCGCACGAGGUCGAGAUUGGCAGGCACGAAGUCUGCUUUGCUAAACGGUUCAAGUAUAACCGUUACCGGACCGUGACUGGGCCGGCCGACCAACAUAACAAUCAGGCGACGGCGACGCCAAAGUCAAGAUUAGACAUUGGAUAUCGACAGCAGAGACUCAACUUUAUGAUCUAA